CAUUUAUCACAUUUUGGACCUAAAAUGGAAGAUGAUGAAAAAGACUGGAAUGACAACAGGGGACAUGGGUCGGGUGUAAACAGUGAUGUGGAGUGUAACGCUGCCAAAAAAUCCCUCAGCUGCUCUGAAUGUGGUAAAGAGUUUCAUUACCAAAAAUCUUUCCAGAGACACUUAACACACCGUUCGGGGAAAAGGUGUUUGAGCUGUUUGAACAGUAAGAAACUUUUUAAAGUGACAGAAAAUGUAAAUAUCCAGAAAACAGUCCACACAAAGAAAAAAACAUUUGGAUGUGAUGUUUGUGGUAAAAUCUUAAGUUGUAAAAACAACCUUAGGAAACACAUGAGAGUCCACACAGGAGACAAACCGUUCAGCUGUGAUAAAUGUGAACAAAGAUUUAGUCGAAAGACACACUUAAACCGACACAUGAGAGUCCACACAGGAGACAGACCAUUCAUCUGUGAUGAAUGUGGACAAAGAUUUAGUCAAAAGACAAACUUAAACCUACACAUAAGAGUCCACACAGGAGAUAGACCAUUCAGAUGUGAUGAAUGUGGACAAAGAUUUAGUCAAAAGUCAAACUUAAACCUACACAUGCGAAUCCACACAGGAGACAGACCAUUCAGCUGUGAUGAAUGUGGACAAGGAUUUAGUCAAAAGACCAACUUAAACCUACACAUGCGAAUUCACACAGGAGACAAACCAUUCAGCUGUGAUGAAUGUGGACAAAGAUUUAGUCGAAAGUCAAGCCUAAAGCAACACGUGAGAAUCCACACAGGAGACAAACCAUUUUCCUGUGAUGAAUGUGAACAAAGAUUUAGUCAAAAGUCAAGCUUAGACAAACACAUGAGAAUUCACACAGGCGAUAAACCAUUCAGCUGUGAUGAAUGUGGACAAAGAUUUAGUCGAAAGUCAAGCUUAGACCAACACAUGAGAAUCCACACAGGACAGAGACCGUUUCCCUGUGAGGUGUGUGGUGAAUUAUUUAGGUGGCGUCUCUCUUUAAAACAACAUAUGCGUGUUCACAUAAAAUAGAAGAGGCACAGUUGCAGGAUUUUGUUGCAAAUUGUAGACAGUUUGUUCACUGUGUAGAAAUUUACUGGUUAGAAGAACUUCAGGGUGGUAUCCCAUGAAAGUUGCUAAUUUAUUUUCUUAAAUUUAAAUAUAUUUUACCACUUGUAGAAGACAUGGUUGUAGCAAACCAUGUCUUAAGUUUUUUUUUAGAAACAAUGAAAAUGCUGACAUAUAAUUUUUUUUAAAUAUCAUCUUAAUGUCUUAACAUUAAGUAUUUCAGCACCGUGCCGGAUUUCUGGUCUGCAGAAGUUUUGCGCCAACAACAGAACAAAAAAUCUUUCUUAAGUUAAUGUACGCUAACGUGGAUUAUUAUAACACUGAGUUAAUCUACCAAUGGUGUGAGAUAAACACAGCUUUCCUGUCAGUUAAACACGUUACUAACCAAUCAGAAGUUGAGCUGGGCCUUGGAAAACUAGUGGUGAGAGAUCCAUAUGCAGUUUAAAUCUAUACUAGACCCCAGAUUGUAUGAUAAGAGCAGCUCCAGUG